AUGGCUCCUCACUCCUGGAUGACGUGCGACCAUGUCACUGAAAAUCUGGCACUGGACGGUCCAAAUAGGCUUGCCAAUCCGCGGGCCCGGCCGCCAUUUCCCCCCUCCCCGCCGCAGGGGGAGCUGCCUAGGCCUUGCCGAGGUGGCCCUCAAGGGACGGGACUUCACUGGUGUGAAGUCACAGACUACCUGAAGCCUAUUGCUGAAGAAGAGAGAAGAGUAGAAGCUGAAGAGAAAAAGAAGCGUGAAGAGCUUGAGCGGAUUGCAAAAGAGCUUGCAGAAGCAAGUGAAGAGUCCAUAUUGAAAUGAACAAAAGAUUGGAUCUUAAUUUCACAUAUGGAAAUACAUGGCUGGGCUCUGAACUGUUUGGUGGUUGGUGGACUCUGCAUGCUAUUCUAUCAAUAAAGUAUUUACAACACUUCA